AUGGCCUCUCUUCCUGAUCUUCCCGGCCCAAAACUUCACCCGUUCAACCACAAAGGCUCCGAACUGAAGAUUGUCUUCCUCGAAUCCAUUGACAAAGGAGGAGAAGGGGUCAUCUGGAAAGUCUCCAUAGAUGAUAAGAUCUAUGCUCUCAAGAUUUUUGCUUUCGAUCCCCAUGGCAUCGUGACAAGAUUGGAGGAUCGCUUGGUAGGCCGAACUACCAUAGAUGAAUUGCAAAAGUAUCGAUCUCCUUUCGCUGCUGAAUGUCGCGCCUACGGCCGCCUAAAGGAAACCAAUAAGGAAAAUUUGUCUAUCAAAUGCUACGGCUAUAUCAUCUUGACCUCUAAGCACGAAGAGGAACUUCGCAUGAAAGGCGAGAUUCCCGAAGGUAUUGAUCGGCGGUGGGAAAGCCACUCCAAUUUGCCGUUCCAAGCGAUAGUUAAGGAAUACGUGCCGGAGGGAUUAAGGCCGUGGCCUUAUCUCGAUGCCUCAAAGGUUCCGCAGAUGAUACGCGAUCUGAACGACUUACACCGGAUAGGUAUCCAUGUUAAUGACGUGAAAGAAAAUAACUACCUUCGCGACAAGAUAAUUGAUUUCGGCUUUUCUCGGACCGCCCCACAUCCAUAUUUGAUUCCGGAUUACAUCGAUUGGAUGAGCAUGAACCCGCAUGCACGGGAUGACACACCCGUGCAAGAUGAAGAGGACUUUGAUGAGAUGAUAGACUUCUACAAUGAGAUGGUUGAUGAGGGUCAUCACAACGAGGCCGCGACGUUAUAUGUUGAGGAAGCCGCCAUUGACGCGCAGAUACGCUAG